ACGGUAAUCAAUGUCUUUUUUGCUCUUGUAAAUCGAAUUAUUUUAUUUGUUGUGUUGAUGAUUAUUGGCUGGUUGGCUGGUGACUUUGAAUCGAAACAACUAAAAUUAUAAAUAUUGAAUAGUUCCAUUGUUGGUUUUUUGAUGAUAAUUCAUUAGUUUUCAGUUGUGAAUAGGAAUUUUGGAAAAGAGAAACGAAAAAGAUGCUUGUCCGAAACUUUUUACAAGCCGCUCGAUUAUUGAACAAUUCCCAAUAUCGAACAACAUGGUUAUUACAAAAUCAUCAAUCAAAUCGUAUGUUAUUUAUGCGUGCAGCACCGCCAUUACCCGAAAUUGUUGAUGAUAAUGAAGCUGAAGCAAAAGAAUUUGAUCCAAAACAAAAUGGAUCAUUAGAAGAAUUUCUUAAUCUUCGUUUUGGACCGAAUAUGCCAACAAUUUUGGAUGAAAAAAGUGAACGUCGUGAUUUAGUAAAUUUUCCUCGACCUGUUCGUGCUGAUUUUCCUGAACCAUGUCGUUUGGGUAUUAUACCUGAAUCAUGGUUUCAAAUGUUUUAUGAAAAAACCGGUGUUACUGGUCCUUAUUGUUUCUUUUGGGGUUUUCUAACAUUUUUACUAUCAAAAGAAUGGCUAGUAUUUGAACAUGAAUUAUUGGUCGGUAUUGAAGCGACAAUUAUUUUAGGUUUUGCUGCCAAAACAUUUGGACCAGCUAUUCGUAAUAAAGGUGGCGCUGAAGUUGAUGCAACAGCAAAAUCCUGGGAUGAUUGGCAAAAAGGAAUGAUUCAAUUUCUAAAUGAUUACAUUAAAUCAGAAGAAUCAGUUCGUGAUGCACCAAAACAUCAUUCAGUUUUAUUUGAAGCAAAACGUGAAAAUGUUCAACUACAAUUAGAAGCUGAAUAUCGACGAAGACAAAUGGAAGCCUAUCAAGAAGUACGACGACGUCUUAAUUAUUUAGUUGCAAAAGAAGAAGCUGAAAAACAAUUUCAACAAAAUUAUAUGGUACAAUGGAUUAUUGAUAAUGUUGCUAAAAGUAUAACACCAGCACAGGAAAAAGAUACAUUAAAAACAACAUUGGCCGAAUUGAAACGUUUAUCCGAUAAAACAAAAAUCUAAAUCUUUUCUUUUUUUAUUAAACAAAAAAAUUCGUAAUCAUAAUAAAUGAAUAGAGACAGCAACA